AUGAUCACCAAAGUUUUGGAGGUAGAUAAUCGUACAACAACACAUUUCAUUCUUCUGGGAUUUCCAACACGGCCUGCCAUCCAGCUGCUCCUCUUCUGUGUUUUCCUGGCAACCUACCUGCUGACACUGCUAGAAAACUUCCUUAUCAUCCUUGUUAUUCGCAGUGAUGGGCAGCUGCACAAGCCCAUGUACUUCUUUCUGAGUCAUCUCUCUUUCCUAGAGAUGUGGUAUGUCACAGUCAUCAGCCCCAAGAUGCUGGUAGACUUCCUCAGCCACGACAAGAGCAUUUCUUUCAAUGGCUGCAUGACUCAGCUUUAUUUCUUUGUGACCUUUGUCUGUACUGAGUACAUCCUCCUUGCAGUCAUGGCCUUUGACCGCUAUGUGGCCAUUUGUAAUCCACUAUGCUACCCAGUCAUCAUCACCAACCAGCUUUGUGGUAUGCUGGCUGGGGGAUGCUGGUCCUGUGGACUCAUGACUGCCAUGAUUAAGAUGGUGUUCAUAGCCCGACUCCAGUAUUGUGGCACACCUCACAUCAACCACUACUUCUGUGAUAUCUCUCCACUCCUCAACGUCUCCUGUGAAGACUCUUCACAGGCUGAGCUGGUGGACUUCUUCUUGGCCCUCAUGGUAAUUGCUGUUCCCCUUUGUGUAGUGGUUGCAUCGUAUGCCAUCAUACUCACAACCAUCCUCAAGAUCCCUUCUGCUCAGGGCCGCCAAAAAGCAUUCUCCACCUGUGCCUCUCACCUGACAGUUGUAAUUCUCUUUUACUCCACCACUCUUUUCACCUACGCCCAUCCCAAGCUCAUGUAUGCAUAUAACUCCAACAAAGUGGUGUCUGUGCUGUAUACCAUCAUUGUCCCUCUCCUCAAUCCCAUCAUUUACUGUCUGAGGAACCGUGAAGUUAAGGCAGCCCUCAAAAAGAUCAUACUUUGCAAAGUUAGUGGGUCCAGGGAAGAUGGGGCUGUGAGUAGUUAA